AUGCCUCCCAAGCGUGCCGGGGGCCCUAUUGACCGGUCAAAAGACGUCAAAAUCACGGCGCAACUGGUCCACGCUUCUAUGAAGAAGGCGCGCUUUAUGCCUCCGUAUUUUGGACAUGAGUCAUUAUCCGCUUCUCUCUAUACUGGCGGCAAGUUUUUUUCUUUCUCUCUUACGUUUGCUGAUAAUGGGGUUUUAUCAUUCGGUGCCACUGACCGACGCUUAGAACUUGUACGCCCAGUCGUGGAACCUCCCUGCAAAAAUACCCUCACCGAUAUCGAAAGCCUAGAGUCUGAUGAGGAAUUAGACACUGACGAAGAAAACGAAAACAAUCUCGACUUCGGGACAAAAACUACCAAUGCACAAUACAGUUCUCUACUCGCCAAAGCACCGCCGCUUGAAGAGCGCGUCGUCGGCGGAUGUCAGCCAGUGGGAGGCAGGGGCAAGAAGCUGUGCGCAGUAGAGGACAUGGAUGACGAUGACAAGUUGCUUUACCACCUGAAACUGGCCAAGUGGACGGAGCGCGAGAUUCAUACCAAGUUUGUGUCCGAAGGCCGUAUCAAUUACAGCCAGAAAACAAUCGGCACGCGCUUUUGUCGUAUGCGCCGUUUCAUCGUGGAUGACACCGAUGAACGCUUGAAGAACGGGAAGGCCGUGUGGUUUGAAUCCGAGCAAUCUCUACUACCCAAUGCAUUCACUUUCGCCACAGAGAAGAUUCAGAAAGAGCGACGAGCUUUGGAGAAGCGGAAAUGGGACUUGGUGGCCGAGUACAUCCAAAAGCACGAACCUACGGCCAUGUUCUCUGGUGACGCCUGUCGCCAGCAGUAUGAAGCAUUGAUCAGGGGAAAAGCACCUGUCCCGCCAGAGAAACAAAGGCGUCUCAGUCCUCAAACAGCAGGGCUGCUUGCUGCUCGCCGCAAGCAGGUCGCCUAUAUCAAGCAGCUGGAAAAGGCAGAUCGCCCCAAAGUCUAG